GCGAGAUCAAGGAAUCGUCGAACAGCUCAAACCCUAGCCCUGUCUCGUCUCUCCUCUCUCCGUUGCCAUCGAACCACCGUCACCGUAAUCACGUCGGCGAUCGCCAUAACUGCUGCAUAUUCACUAUUUCCAUUCUGAUCGUCGUCUCGACGGAUGAAUCUUGCUGGCACAGCUCCCUCUAUUGAGCAUGAUAGACUGAUAUAUUCCUUCCUUUAAGAUUCUGACUGUUAAUCCGUUAAAUCGCAUCCAACACAGGCUUCUUUUCACAAAUCUGAAUCUGAAUCUCCUAAUAUCUUGAUGGAUCUUUGGUUCGAUGAUCUCGUAGAUCUGGCUGGAUCCUCGUUCGAUGAUUUAAUCGUUUGUGGAUCAAGUGAGCACGACGGCGAAGCAUACGCACUCGAUCUGCAUCGGCCGUAGUAGCAGGGAAUCGUAGAUAGAGUUGGCUAUGCCAUGCAAUAGGUCUGAAAGGUUGAGGAUUCACCGUAGUAAAUUGGACUCUUUGGUGGAUGCAUCUAAAGUUCAGGGUUUCCAUGCUGAAGGAAUCGUAGCUGAAGACUUUUAGCUAGAAAUGCGUCAAGUACAGGUUAAUCUUGAAGCGAAUGUAGAGAGAAAUCAUGCAAGACUGGUGUUGGUGAAACUUCCAAAUGUACUGAAAAAACUAUACAUUUGAAAGAUGAUCAUUACAAACUCCUCCAGGUAUGUCUUUUCACAUUUCAAUUUAUAUACUUGCAGACCUUUGUGAACCUGUAUGUAAUUAUCCAUGGAGUAGAAAACUAGAGUAAUAUUUAACUCUGUUCUGGAAAUGUAAAGUAACAAAUAGAUAGUAUUUUGGUUUAUAAUUCUAAAUGCUUCAUCCCUUGAUGAUCUUGUUUUAAAGGGUGAUUAAUUGUCCAAAG